CGUGCUACUACUUGUGGAGUUUAGGUCAUGAUACACAUAAUCGACGGAUCACGUACAUUGUGAACACGUUUCCGCAGAUGGUGUUAUAAACACUGCAAUCGAACUGCUAUUAAUUUACCAUGAUAUAUAUUAUAACGAAAUGAGAAUCAAUCGAAAUUAUAUUGAUUUGAUUUAAUAUGGUACGAAAUCAAAUCAAACAAUAUAAUUUGGUAUCUUCUUUCCAGUUCUUGUUUUCUCACUGGGGAUGGUGGUAACCGGCAAGGUCAAGCCUGAGGGAUUUAUUUUAGUGGGGUUGCGUUUGACUUGGGGAAUCGUCAAAAGCCUUUAUAAAAAAAAGGCACGGCAAUUAAUUGUGGCGCAAUCGACGGGCUAGCGCAAAGCAUGGACUAAGCUAUAGCAUAGAAGUGUGAGAUGGAUUGAUGAAAUUGGGCCACUUUGAUGGAAAAUAUAAUAAGGUGGCUUAAGUUAACUUAUUAGUUUACCGUAAUUUAUAAUCAAAUUAUGCACAAGUUCCUGAUUGCAAUUUGCAACCAACACACAUGACAUGAGUAUAAGUAUAACCCGAGAUGCAACCCCGAUGAUGAAAAGUGGUAAUUAUGUGGAUUGAAGUUGUUUUUGUGUGUGAUUCCGUCUAUCCCUUGAUCGCACGCUUCUUUAUUCUCGAUGAAGAUACGAUAAUGGGUUCACUACAUUCUCAUAUGUGCACAGGAUGAGCUAGUCUAGUCCACAACAGUCACUCGCAAUUUUAGUGUGUCAUAGUGUGACACAUAUGGACGCAACGAAAUCAUGUGAUAAUAUGGAAAUCCAUCCUCGUCGAUUAAUUGGUUUUGGCAAGUUAUUAUAAGACUUGGGGGCGAAAUCACCCAAUGCGUCUUCCUCGCAAAGUGAUAUGGUAUGCAGUGCGUUGAUGGUAGGGGGGUAUAGUCUCUUCAAUUAUUACAAUCAUAUAAAGUUACAUGUAAAUUUUGUAAUAAAUUUGAGAAAUAUAAUAAUCGGCAAGUCUUUAGCCUCUCCUAGCCAGUUCGAAUGAUUUGAGAGUGGAUUUUUAGCACCAUAAGAUGAAAGGUUAUUAAACUUCCGAAGAUUAUGAUUUUAAUUACAUUCGCACCGUAUAUCUUAUCUUAUCGUAUUCUAUUUUACCUGGCUAGGCGGGCCGGUCACUAGUAUUUGAAUGGCAAAUAAGUUGUGGCUGAAUUGGGCCAUACUUGGGAGUUGGGAGCCGAGACUAGUCAUUCAACUUGACGUUCAGCCCAGUCCAGUUACGACAGAAGAGAUCCAUGCUCAGAGCCCAAACGGACAGCAUUCAGUUCAGUUGGAAAAAAAACUGCCGAUAAUUGAACUGCAAAGGGGUCAAACGUAUAAAAAGGGUCCCGCUACCAGCACCCAAAUUCACAGAGAUUACGAAACACCUCUUCCUCGGAGCACAAGCAAAAGAACUUUCUCCUUCUCUAAUCGUCACGCAAUUCCCUCGCACUCCACUGGACUGGUUGCUGACCGGAGAUUAGCGUGUGAUUUCUCGUACUUCUUUGAUUCCCCUCCAAUGGCGCCAUCGACGUCAAUUGCCUCCGACCUACCCGAUUCCGAUUCUGAUGACGGCGUCUCCCGCGCGGAAGAAGAAGAGGAAGAGGAGGAAGUAGAAGAAGAAGCAGAGGAAGAAGCGGAGGAAGAGGCGAGUGGUGCUGAAGAAUGCGGAAGCGAUCCCGGAGAAGAAGAAGAGUAUGAGGAGAUAGAAGAGGAAGUAGAGGAGGAAGAAGCGGUAGAAGAGAUAGAAGAGGAAGAAGAGGAGGAGGAAGAAGAAGAGGUGGAAGAAGUGGCAGAGGAGGAGGAAGAAGAAGAUGUGGUAGAAGGAGUUUCGGAAUGCGAAGAACAAGUUGCGGGAGGCGAAGAUAUAGAGGUGGCAGAAGUAGUUGCGGAAGGCGAAGAACAAGAGGUGGUAGAAGGAGUUGCAGAAGGCGAAGUGCAAGUUGUGCAAGGCGAAGAACAAGAGGAAGUAGAUAUGGAUUUAGAUUCCUCUGUGGAAGCCAUUGAUGAAGUGCAAGCUUUCAGUCAAGAUAUGAAGGCCAAAGAGAUGGAAUCACAACUGAAACCUCAAGGUUCUGCAAAUGUGGCCCCAUCUCCUUGCCAUGUGGAAGAUACUGCGAGUCAUUUCACAUUUUCUGGUUGUUCACAUGCACCACUGGCACUGCAAGGUGACAAUUCGGGCAUGAACAAUGGGCACUCUAAGAACAUCGAAGAUGAAAAGGGUUCAAAUGCUUCUGGUGAUAGGAACGAGGUAUGUAAGGAUGAAGUCAUGGCAACUAAGCCUUCUGAGGACUCAAGUAUUAGAGGUUUGCCGAAUUUUCUAGGGGCGAAGGAUGAUGUUGAUGUGAUUGCAGAACAAGUAAAGCAUACCCCAUUGCCGUCAGACAAUGGGAUCCAACAGCCAGUUUUGAGAUCCAGGAAUCGAAGUGUAUCACCAUCUCCAGAGUUGAACAAUUUGAACAAACGCCAAGCAAUCAUAUGUGACUUCUUCGCCAAAGGGUGGUGCAUAAAAGGGAGCUCAUGUAGAUUUCUUCAUGUAAAGAACAAAACUAGUAAUUCUGGCGAAAAACAGGCCGAGGGAGAUGCAGCUGUGGCAAGUUCAAGUGGGGACCGGAUUAAUGAAGGAUCCACAAACAUUAGGCCAAGGUUGCAUGAUCUCAAAGAACCAGCAUAUUGUUUAACCGGAAAAGAUGCCAUCACUUCGCGUUUUUCUUUCGAUAGCCAAAUGGGAGGAAAACUGAUAUCCUCCUCAUCUAUCUUGUUAGAGGAUAUACCUGGCGGCAUCACCCUCAAUUCCCGUCAGUUCCCUGCAUCAAAAGAUGCUCCUGUGUUUUCUGCUGCCAUUAAGGAUGUUGGAGCAGGAAAUCUGACUGGUGGCUGGCCUCCUAAUGACCAUCGAAGCCAUGUAUUUCCACUUAAUGGAGGAAGUUCCUUUUUGCUUAAUGAUUCCUUGCUAAAUAGAUGCACUUCAAGUGGCUCAGCUGCGAAGUCAAGAACCUACCACAGCAAGAAUUCAGGUUUCUUAGUGAACAAUUUAGACAAUUCGACACGUAAAAGGAGUGUCUGCAUGGACGAUGAUUGUGUUGGUACUACUCCUCCCAGUAGUGAACAUAAACUAAAGGUUUCAUGUGAUGACUGGGAACCAUCUGUGCCUUUCCAGCCAUCUUUCAUCAUAAUGCCUGUCGUGUCAUCCCCAGGAAGGCAAUAUGAUCCCUUACGUGAUAGCAAUGUAGUGCAUAGUGGGGUAGACAAAUCUUUUAAAUUCUCUUUUAUUAGCAACAGGAUCUCUUCCCAGAAAGCUUCACGUCAACCAACAAAUGGUGCUUCCUUCCCAAAUGGCGACAAGAGUUCUGUACCUUUUGAUAGCAGGUUCCAUGGGAGUUCGUCAGCUAAUAAUGGCGGUCCACCUGAAAAAGAUAUCUUCAACAAAAGUGGAGGAGAAGUGAUGGAUAUUGAUGUUGGUUUGGCUGAUGAUCAUAGUGGCACUAUGCCGAAAGAAGAAAUUGCAUCUGUUAGUAAUCAGUUAGAUGUUGAUGAAAAGCCUGGAAGUGAUGGGUCGAGAUGCAGAAAUAACUUUACGGCGGAUAACUUGGAUGAUGGGGGAAAGAUGGAUCAGGAAGUGCAGAAAGAAUCAAAAUCCCCAAGACACUUCCGCGCUGCUCUUAUUGAUUAUGUUAAAGAAUUACUGAAACCAAUAUGGCGCGAAGGCCAUCUAAGUAAGGAUGCACACAACACUAUAGUUAGAAAGUCAGUUGAGAAGGUUCUCAGUACCAUGCAAUCCCAUCAAAUGCCAACUACUUCGGAGUCAAUUAAACAUUAUCUUCAUUUUUCACGCACAAAGAUUGCAAAACUUGUGGAGGGAUAUUCUUCUAGGUAUGGAAAAUCUUGAGAUGAUGGUAGUCGGAGUGGGACUCUUCCGAAUGUACAGUUCCCAGAGAUCUAGUGUUGAAAUACAUCAGUAGGAUGUGAAGGCUUUUUCCGGGACAAUGAAAUCUCAGUUUCCAGUUCUUGGGACAGUGAAAAUUGAAAUUAACUGUGCUUUCAGGCCUACUUAUUGCAGUGCACACUCAUGUUGAUACGAAUCUAGUGAAAUUUAAAAAUCCAGGUUUGCUCAAAAGUGUUGCUUCUGUAAACAAAUUAGUUUCUUCUUGAAAUCCAGCUGAAGAGUGUGUUUAUUGUUUGAGCAACCAUCUUUGACCUCUACCCUUUUGCUUCUGCAUAACUAGAGCUCGACAGAGUUUACGAUUUACAAUUUGUUUUGCGAUGUACUGCAGAUCAUACAAAUUGUUUCAUUUUGUUCAAGGGAGGGAGUACUUUCAAAUCCGGGGGUCUUUGUUUUGAACCAUUUUCAAAUGUUGUGCAGUAUCGCUUCUGGCUUUACCUAGGUUCAGAGGUCCAUCGAAGUCUCCUCGAAUCCUGUCUAUAACUUCGGUUUGUGAGAUGUUUUAUUGCAUUUCUGGUUUCGAAAUACAGCAGCAGUCUGUAAAGAUUGUCUGCCAUUUUGAAUCUGAAACUCUAAAAGGAAUGCUAUGAACUACGGAGAAAGAAAGAUGGAAACCAAAUUUGUUUACAUAUUUAUGGAUUAACAUGGGCAUAUCCCGCUAUGUAAUGGAAUUGCAUAAAUUUGCUAGUAUUCAGUUUGCUGGGGAAUUUCAAAAGCUUCCUGAACAGUUUCGAGCUCGCUUACUGGAAGUACAAGAUUGCAGGUUAACUUUUCUUUGGUUACUUUGUUUUUGGUUUCGUUUGAACAGUUUGCUUGUAGGUUUAUUUCUUUGCCAUAAUUGUUUGUAGAUGUGUAUAUAGUUUCAGAUACUGAGUUCUUAUACAGGAUCUGCUUAAUCUCUUUAAGCAAUAUCAUUCCUGGCUUACUUGAUAAUAGAGUUCUUUACAUUUUAAUCUCAUCAAAUGCCUGUCGUAGUUCGUUUGCUUGCUAUGUGGAAUCAUUGUAGAAUCUUCAGUAUGCAAUCAGUGUGCUAGUUCAUGAAUUUCCUAGGAAUUUGGUUUUGGCUGAUAAGAGCUAGGCAGUGAAAUAAUUUCCUUUCUCUGUGCAUAGACCUAUUUCUAUUGCUCACUUCAAACAUGAAGAUUUGAAACAAAUAGGAGAAGGGAAACCAGUAGUGUCUAUAGUUUUCACAGAUGCAAAUGUUACUGUCAAGCAUGCUUCAUCCCAAGCUAAAUAGUAAAAGGCCAAGCUCAAA